CCUUCCAUUUGCACUUUUUUGUAAUGAAAGUUGUGGUUUUGCCUUAUUGACCAUCUUCCCUUUCAGUAAUCAUGUUCGAUUACUGCAAGUUGGGCCAGCAUUUUUUAACGUGAUGCUAACGUUUGUUGGCUAGUAAGACUGUAUCAAGCUAGCAAAUGUGGGGUUGCCUUGGCAAUAUUGUUGCUUGACUUACGUUAGCUAUCGUUAACGUAAGCUGGUUCUGGGUGACAAGUCUGAUCUAACCUCUGAAUCCGAACCGAGGGUUCAGUCAUCGUCUAAAAACAUAGGUUGAAUAUUGGUGGUUUGUUUUUUAAUCAAUUUCCUCGGGAGGAUAUUUUUUUAAUGUGUGCUUGACAUCGCUGCAGCCGCUCGUGUUACGAGGCAGCUGACUUAACAGCUCAACGCUGCAAGGUAAGGCCAGUUAGCCAGCUAGAACUAUAUCUGCUUUGUCAGUGGCGGCUUAGCAGAGAGCUACUUGACGUUAUCGUAGUCUCCGCGAAAGAGAUUAAGCACUUUGAUCAUGGGAGAAUGUAAGAAUUUAGCUGGAUAUGGUAAUCAAAACCAAGCUUUGAUUGCAUUACGUUUGUCGACUGUCUGAUGUUAAUCAAGAGAAUGUUCGAGGCCUGCGUGUUUCAUUACAGCUGGCAGCCGAAACGGAGAUCACUCGAAGGCAGCAUUGUUAUAAAUUGCAGUCGUGGAUGUCAAUUAAGCAGUAUAUUUUGUAUAGUAAUGUUUGUUAAAUAAUAUUUCCGAAAUGUGGUGAAGAUUGCUCCGCCGCCGGUGCCAAAUUACUUGUCAUUGUAACGUACGUCGCCAUACUACAGUCUUACCAUAUGUGGCGGCUGGGUUUUUCGAGUGAGUUUGUGUAAAAGUUUGUAAAUAAUUAAGCAUCCGUGACGGGAGUAGAGCUGCUUAUUUCUGCCGUUUGGAUGAGUUAAGGGCCUGAAUCAUUUUUGUAGCAGGUGGUCAUUGAUAAUGGCGCCCCUUACGGCAUGUGCUCCACCAUAGCUAGUGACAGACUCGUCGUCAUAUGGUGCAGGUCUCAUGACAUGCUGUGUGCACUCGAAAGUCAAAGUUAUCGCCUCUGUGCGUAAUGGAUGCAACUUUGAACCAGAUGACCCUACAUUUGCGUGCAGUGCAUAGUUCAUUUUAAAUCAUGUUGGAUUUGGUGUUGCCGGUGCUUUUCACACGUCAAAUGUUAUUUUGUGCUGAUCCAUAUAAACACACCGAAUUAAAGGCACUGCUAUGUCCUUCUCGGUAACCGAAUAGGGCUAUCUAAGUGUACAUGCACAAGAGCUGCAUAUAUCUUAAAAUGUGUUGCGCUUUAACGCUUUUUGCUGGUUUUAGGCAACUUUGGGUGAGACACAGUUGCCAAUUGAUUGACAGUACCCUUGGCCAACAGCUAGGACGAUUAUGAAGUCUUGGCGGUUAGCCUUUACGGAAGAAAGCACUUCGUUGGUAAAAUGUGCUUCAAGUGUGUGGGGUAGGCGGAGUUCACAAUCACAGAGCGAAUGGUUGAAGGUCGUGAAAACGCAUGCUGGAAGUAACUUGAGCUGGAUACUGUCCAACUCGGAGGGCUUCCUCUCAGCGGCAAAACUGUAUUAAAUGGUCUCUGUUUGUAGACUCUGAAGAAAUCGUUGGUCAUUGAGUGGUAGAGCUUGACAGACAUGCUUUUAUUCAUCGAGGUGACCUCCAAGGGUGCCGGUCUGAACCCGAAUGCAAAGGUGUGGCAAGAGAUGCCUUCUGUCCCCAGCGAGGCCCCCGCAGACGGUACAGAGGGUUCCCCCUGGUCCCAGACCAACAUCCCUGAGGGUUAUUCGGACACAUCUGGAUGUAAAGCGUACACGGCAGGUUUCUCUGCGCUGGAGGACAGUAGCUCCUCGGGGGCAGCAGAGGGUACCGCCAACGGCAUGGAUCCCCCAGACCUGGACUUCCCCUUGUGUGAGCCUGCAACAGGACUUGACGACUCUAGUCUGACAAUGGAGCAGCCCAUCUCUGCUGAGAGUUUACGGGAGUCCCUCAAGAAGGAGCUGGAGUUCUGCUUCUCCAGGGAAAAUUUGUCCAAGGACCUGUACCUCAUGUCACAAAUGGACAGCGACCAGUUUGUCCCCAUCUGGACCAUUGCCAGCAUGGAGGGCAUCAAGGUCCUGACCACCGACAUGGAUCUCAUCCUGGACGUCCUCAGAUCAUCUCCAAUGGUACAAGUGGAUGAGAAGGGGGAGAAGGUUCGACCCAAUCACAAACGCUGCAUCAUCAUUCUGAGAGAGGUCCCAGAGUCUACGCCAGUGGAGGAAGUGGAGGCGCUCUUCAAGAGCGACAACUGUCCGAAGGUUAUCAGUGUGGAGUUUGCGCACAAUAAUAACUGGUACAUUACAUUCCAAUCGGACACGGAUGCUCAACAGGCGUACAAAUAUCUAAGGGAAGAAGUGAAAACAUUUCAGGGAAAACCAAUCAUGGCCAGAAUAAAAGCUAUCAACACGUUCUUUGCUAAGAAUGGCUACCGCAGCCUGGACUGCAGUGUGUACUCCCAGCAGACCCAGACCCAGUCGCAGUACAGCUCGCCGGUCUACAUGCAACAUGUCUACAGCCCGCAGCAGCAGUACCUGCCCUACAACAUCAUGCCCCCCACCUGGACCCCCUCCCCCACACCCUACUUUGAGACGCCGCUGGCCCCGUUCCCCAACAACAGCUUUGUGAAUGGGUUCAGCUCCCCUGCACACUAUAAGACUAGCUCCAGCUCGCUCAACCUCGGACGCCCCUUCAGCCGCAACCGGAACCACGUGAAGCCUCAGUCCCGGGCCAGUGACGGCGCCCCGUCUCCUGUGGCUCCCGUCCCGCUGGUGGACGGGCUAACGGGCCUGCGUAGCCCCCAGCCCCCCACCAACACCGCCGGGCCCUCCCUGUCCUCCGCCCCCGAGCUCAGCCCCUCCUCCUUCAGCCACUUGACCGCCGCCGCCGCUGCUGCUGCCGCUGCAGCUGCUGCCGCCGCCACCACCACAGAGCCUGCUGACGACUCUGGCAUGGCCAACCGCGGAAGGAGGAGCACAUACAGAGGCAACCGCAGGAGGAGAGAGGACGAGCGCACCACGCGGCCUGUCCCGCUCCAGGAGGUCAAGGUGCCACAGCCCAAGUUUGACUUGGCGGCCUCCAACUUCCCCCCUCUGCCGGGCUGCGUGGUGAGCACGCAGGGCGAGCCCGUGCUGGAGAACCGCAUGUCUGACGUGGUGCGCGGCCUCAACAGGGACAAGCAGCAGCAGCAGCAGCAGCAACAACAACCGCAGCAGCAGCAGCAUCACCACCACCAGUCGGACACUAGUAAGGACGGAGCCGCCAGCCAUCCGGCCGCCUCGGACGACGCAGUUGCCUCCUCUCGACCCGCCCAGCCCACAAGCAAAACCACUUCCCACAGCCUGGACUCCACCCCACUCAGCAGUGUGAGCCACCAGGAGAAGAAACCAGAGAAGUCUGAAGCCGUUGGCCAUAAAGAGACGCUGGCGGCCUCCUCUUCCUCCUCCUCCUCCUCCUCUUCCUCAUCGGUCACCGCUGCCGCCGCCACCGUGACCAGCCCUCCCUCACAGACACAGCAGCCGGCAGCUGGCCCCAAACCCCAGUCCAGCGCAGCCCCUACACUCACCCCUGCCCCCGCCACGCCCCAGGCCAGCCCGGCCGCCGCCGCUGCCACCAACACGGCCACCCCCACCACCCCCGCACCCAUGGAGCCACGUAAGCUGAGCUAUGCCGAGGUGUGCCAACGGCCCCCUAAGGACCCCCCUCCCACGCCGGCCCCCUCUUCCUCGUCCACUGCUGUCUCCGGCUCCUCCGCCUCCCCCAGCACGGCCCCCUCCUCACAGCCCUUACGCGAGCUGCGGGUCAACAAGGCGGACGACCAGGCCGGAGGCCCCCACAGCCCCUCAGACAAGCCAGAGAGGGAGCGUGGGGCCGAGUGUAAGGGGCGUGAGGGCCGGCCUCCACGUGAUGGCCAGGGCUACUACCGCAGCAACGGGCCCCCAAGGGCCGGCAGCGGGGGCCUGAAGCUCCGUGAGCAGCAGAGGCGCCCCCCUUUUGGUCGACGCUCCUCCCCACAGGGAGGCCCCAGACACACGGGCAAAGAGCAGAACAUCCCUCCCAUAUCGCCAAAGUAAAGAAACGUUCAAACAAAAACAAGACUUUGUGAGAAAAUAAGAGAAGAUAAAAAAAAAUACAAAUCCAGUACAAAUGUAUGAAUAUAUACACGCAUAUAAGAUAUAUAAAUAAAUAUAUAUGAAAUAUAUAUAUAUAUAUAAAAGAAAAGAUGAAAUAAGAUAUAUAAAAGCAACAACCUAAAUGGUAGCCACCUCUCCUGCCUGGGGCAUGUCAAGAGGAAAGUCUCUUCGAAAGGACUUUGCAGACUGGCACAUCCAGGAAAAAUGGGCAUAAAAGAAGAAAAAAAGACAAACAAUCGUAACGCAGGGCAAAAGAAAGGGAGUGAUUGAAUAGGAAAAAAAAAUCCCAUCUCUAAGCUUGUUGUAUUGAAAAUGUCCCCCUCAGAAUGUAAAUCUUAUUUUGUUUUCUCCCCUUUCUUUUUUCAUCUCCCUCUACUCUUUUUUUUUCCCCAAAAAAAUGUGGUCAGCUUCUCUGAUCCCCCGAUGGGGCGAAGCGAUGGAUCCAUGGGCCGUGAAGAAGCCCUGCAUUGCCACUCGAAUUGAAUGGCAGUGGUCUGCAAUGAACUUAUGCACUAAGAAGAAAGGAACAGGCAUAUAGAAAUGUCAUGUACCUAUACAAAGAUAUCACUUUAACAUGCAAUGAUACAUCCAAUCCUUUGUUUUCUUUCUUUUUUUUUAUUUUUGAAAAAAAAAAAAAAAAGGCUUCUUUGCAAAUUGCAGGACACUGGGAGUGAGUGACUUUUUGCAGUCGGUGUAUAUGGACUUUGAAGUUGUGUGAAAGAUGCGGUUUUGGUAGUGUUGAAUCUUGAGGCUUAGGCCUCUUGUAGGAUAUGUUUGAGAAUGAAUUAUUUGGAAAACAAAUUUAGGAGCAACCAUAAUACUUACUGGUCUCUUCAUUUUUUUUCUAUUAAAUUGCGUGACAUUGCUAUCGAUUUAAUUCUGUAUGCUUUCAGAAUCAGUGACAUGGUGUUGGAUAGCUAGCAAAUCUUAUAAAUAUUGUGUAAAAUAUUACAAAAUUAGAAUGAGAUGGUUAUGGAGCCUUGUCAAUUUUAUCAAACUCUUUACUAAGUCAUAAAAAAUGUCACAGCUUGCCAAUAAUAAUGCUGACCUGUCACUGGUUCGCAGAAGGGUGGUUUAUUCUUUGUCUUUAUCUUUUAUUUUUUUUUCUCUUGCUUUUUUAUUUAAAAAGAAAAAAAAAGCUGCAAUCUGAUUUUAAUCAAGCACUGAUCGGUGUUGCGUCACAGAUCAGCUGGCUACAGCGGUAACGGGGCGCAAUGUUUGUCAUCUCAGAUGAUUUGUUAGAUGUGCAUUGAUUCCUUCACCCCAUGAACUGAUUUUUUGUACUGUAUGCUCGUGUUUGGUGAUAAUCAGUCUGGCUCUCUAUGUUUACAACAUGGUGUUCUCCUUGCUGGGAUGAGAUGUGUGGUGUUCAGCAGAGGAUGGAAUGGGAGAUUGUUAGUUAGCACAUGCAGAUGAGUGCAGAUCUUUUCUUUUUUCCUCCUUUUUUUUCUCUUUCUCUUUAUUUUUGUUCCUUUUUGUUGUCGGCCUACGCCGCAUCAAAAUGGAACACACAGGGUUGAUCUACAAAUGGAAUUAGUCAUUGUUUGAUUAACUGCAGUUGCGAUUGUACAGAAUAAUAGGUCAAGUGUGGGUUCCCGCAAAGCUGAUUAGCGCAUGUGUGAUUUACUUUUUUUUUUUCCCUCUUGCUUACUCAAAGGCCCUUAUUGUCUGCUGUCUGAUAGAAGGAAGAGGAGGUGGUAACCUGUAACAUAUUUCCAAGUUGCUCUGGUUUUUGCGUAUGUUUUGUUUUAAAUGAAUGUUUUUGUUUUUGUCCUGGGAUGGGAUUCCCUGAUGAGUCUGUCCAUUCAUGUGGUUGGUGUAUCUAAGGUCACUACUCCGUUGUCCACAAGCUUUUUCCUGAAACGUUAGUCCACUGUAUUUCCUGGAUGGCUAGAUGGUGUGUGCAAGUGUAUGCGGAGGGAAGGGAAGAGAGGGGCUGGCCGUGGCCAGGCAUGGUGUGGUAUUCCAUAGGCAUGUCUGAUCCCAAGGUCAUUGUGGAGUUGCAGUGGUGGAUAGUAUGCUGUUUUGGGUGAUCUGACCUCAAAUCAGUGGGUGUGGUGUUGCACGAAGGGAACGCCUGCCAAGAGAGACAUGCAUGUCUGAGCUUUUUUAUUUGUACGGGCUUGGAAGGACUUGACAUUUAAAACCUGCUAUGACAACUGGUGGUGGUUUCAAAACUGGUUUUGAGACUGAACACACUCCCUUUAAUCGUCCUUUUUUUGCAGUGUGAACUCUUGUCAUAUGGAAUGUAUCAAAGACCAUUACUGGAGGGGAGGGGGGGGCCUAAUCAUUGUGUUGCCACAGCAUUCAAAAUGGUUGACGCAAGCCUUCGUCUGACAUGUAUAUUUGAUGUGCCAGCCGCUACCAGUCCAUAGCUUACCAUGUUGAAUGUUGGUCUGAGAUGUGAGGUCUCAAACAACCGGUGGGCCAAUGUAUUAAUGUGUUACUAUGUAGGCUUUAGAGCAAUGAACUUGACCAGUUGUAAUGAGGAAAGGAACAGUGUAAUCCGUUACGUCUAUUAUCAGCCCUUGACAUGGGAGUCAUGUGAGUGGUGUGACGGCGAGACUUUGAGACCAGUAAGAACAUGACCUUACCCUCAGCAAACAUGCUUUUGGAACAAUGACCUACAGCCACCACAACAGCCUGGUUUUUAAUGCGAGGAUGGAAUUGGUGCCGUUUCAUCUUGGAAAAAUGUCUAGUCUGUUUUGGAAACCAGUAUUGCAGUUGGAUUUUAUUUUUUGAGUAUUGCAUUAUUACUAUUUUUUUUAAUUUUAAUUAUUUAUUUUAAUCCUACUGUCCGACGCUUCACCCCCCUUAUCCCCACCCCUGCACGCUCAAUCCUCAUAAGUCCCAUUUCCCAUGAUUGAGAGGAAUGGCACUGGGAGAAAGCAUCGCAUCUAACAUUUGUACAUUGAUUUGAGAUUUCAGAUGAGAAUACUUGAUGCAUUGACUAGGAGUUAGUAAUGCAGUACAUGAGUAACGAAUCACUGGGGCUUUUUCUGUUUUGUUUUUUCCAUUAAUGAAUAUGAGCAGCUAGUGGUUUAGUGUAAUAAAAUAAAAUGCACUAACUUGUUUAAAAAAAAAUCUUACUGUCAUGUAAUGUGAAAUCAUUUUAGAAGCAUAAUGAUGUUGAUGUUGACAGGCUUGCAAAAAUCUACAGGAAUAGCAUAUUAUUUUCCUUAAUGUUUGGCUUAUUUCUGUUUUUCUUGAUUUAGGGGUGGGGUGGCAAAGGGAAGAAUAUAUAGCAACGGAUUGAAGUGUUUGAGACACUAAAUUCUAGCUGUCUGAAUAAAAUGUCACAAAAAGAAAAUAAAUUAUUUUGUUUUGGCCUUA